CUCACCAACAAAGUCGGCAUCGUCACCGGUGCUGGAUCGCCUUUUGGCAUCGGGCGAUCGCUUGUCAUGUCUCUUGCCCUAGCGGGAGCCAAGGCCGUGUAUGCCACCGACCUGACACUGGUCAAUAUCCCUUCUCUGCAGCAGGAAGUUAAGGACGCUGGCUCCUCGUGUCAGGUUCACGGAGCCAUCCUUGAUGUCACAUCCGAGGACCAGACCGUCUCUGUGCUGAAGAAGAUUAUUGCCAUGUAUGGACGACUGGAUUUUUUCUUUGCCAAUGCAGGAUUUGGUAACUACAAGACACUGGAGGAUACAGAUGCCAAGUACUACGAUUUUGCCAUCAACGUCAUGCAAAGAUCUUUCUUCCUGGCUCUUAAAUAUGGUGGCAAUGCCAUGUGCAACACUUCUGACGAAAAGCCCCGUCCCUCCGGCUCUAUUAUUGUCACAAGCUCUAUGGCUGGAGUUUCUGGAGCCAUUUCAGACAUUUCAUACUCUACCGCCAAGGCUGCUGUUGCUGGCAUGCUCAAGUCUGCCUCGGUUCAGCUCUCAGCCUCGCACAUUCGUGUCAACUCGAUCGCUCCUGGCUUCGUCAAGUCGAGUAUCGCUGAAGUGUUUGACAGUGUUCUGGGCCGCCACGCAGAGGAGAAGUACUACUACAACCGUAUUCCCGAACCCAUCGAGAUCGCCAACAUUGGUGUCUUUCUUGCGUCGGACUUGUCAGCCUCUGUCAACGCCCAAAAUAUCGUGGCUGACAGUGGA